AUGAGAGCUCUAUCUCUUCUUUUCGCCCUCUUCUGCUAUCUGGCCCUAUCCUCUGCCACUCCGGGGAAGGAUGUCCGCAAGCGAAUUACCAGCGGAUCGCUUCAGCAAGUGACCAGCUUUGGAGACAACCCUUCUGGCACACUCAUGUACAUCUAUGUGCCUAAGAAUCUGGCCACUAAGCCUGGAAUUGUCGUUGCUGUUCAUUACUGCACUGGAACUGCACAGGCAUACUACACAGGAUCUCCGUACGCACAGCUGGCUGAGCAGUAUGGGUUCAUCGUCAUCUAUCCUCAAAGUCCCUAUAGCGGUACCUGCUGGGACGUCAGCUCCCAAUCCGCUCUGAACCAUAAUGGCGGCGGCGACAGCAAUUCGAUCGCCAACAUGGUUACCUGGACCAUCAGCCAGUACAACGCCGAUACCAGCAAGGUCUUCGUGACGGGGUCCAGUUCUGGUGCCAUGAUGACGAAUGUACUAGCCGCCACAUACCCCGAACUUUUUGCUGCCGCAACAGUCUACUCAGGCGUUCCUGCCGGCUGCUUCUACUCCUCCUCGAAUCAAGUCGACGGCUGGAACAGCAGCUGCGCCCAGGGCAACGUCGUCAGCACACCAGAGGUCUGGGGUGGCAUCGCCAAAGCAAUGUAUGCUAGGUACACCGGCUCGCGUCCCCGCAUGCAGAUCUACCACGGCAGCGCAGACACCACUCUCUACCCGCAGAAUUACUACGAAACCUGCAAGCAGUGGGCAGGGGUGUUCGGAUACAAUUAUAACUCCCCACAGUCCACCCUGAGCAACACCCCGCAGGCAAACUACCAGACCACCAACUGGGGUCCCAAUCUGCAGGGGAUCUUCGCAACGGGCGUCGGCCAUACCGUUCCUAUCCACGGAACGCAGGACAUGGAAUGGUUUGGGUUUGCCGGCUCGUCGUCCUCCACGACUACUUCCAAAACCACUGCAACGAGCACGACAACGUCUUCCGGGGGGUCGUCGACUACUACCGGCGUUGCGGCCCACUGGGGCCAAUGUGGAGGGAUCGGGUGGACGGGACCUACUGUGUGCGCGAGCGGGUAUACCUGCACAGUGGCGAAUGCGUGGUACUCCCAGUGCUUGUAG